AUGAUGAUAGUUUUCAUCUGGAUCUUCGCUAUCCUCGUCACAACACCCUGGGUAUUUUUCUUCGACUUAGUGGUUGUUUUUGAGGAUAACCCGAACGUUCGCCUCUGCUUGGACGUCUGGCCCAAUCCCAUUAGCGAGGUUCUGUACUUUGUCAUUGGAAAUCUUAUAUUCUGCUACAUUUUACCCAUGGUCCUUAUUACUAUGUGCUACAUUUUGAUCUGGAUCAAAGUUUGGAGGAGAUCCAUUCCAACUGAUACCCAAGAUGCCCAAAUGGAGAGAAUGCAGCAGAAGUCCAAAGUAAAGGUUGUGAAAAUGCUAGUUGCCGUCGUGAUACUCUUUGUUCUGUCUUGGUUCCCGCUCUAUUUGAUCUUUGCAAGGAUAAAACUUGGUGGACCAAUCCAGAAAUGGGAGGAAGAAAUGUUCCCAGUGGUAACACCACUAGCACAAUGGCUUGGUGCAUCAAACUCGUGCAUCAACCCUAUCCUCUACGCCUUUUUCAAUAAAAAAUAUAGGAAGGGUUUCGUCGCAAUCAUCAAAAGCAGAAAAUGCUGUGGACGUCUCCGUUAUUACGAGACAAUUGCCUUACAGUCGUCGAGUACUUCAACGAGGAAGUCAUGGCAUUAUAAUAACAACAACCACGCUUCUAUCACACGUCGAUCACCCCCCGUUGACAAGAACGCUGUGUCUUUCAUAUUCAACCACACCGGAGUU